AUGGUGACUUCUAGUAGAAGCAGCGACUAUGAUUAUGAGUAUUCCUCCAGUUCUUCAGAAGAGGAUUUUAAGGUUCCAGAGAUGAAAACUUCUACAACAGAAUCUCACGCCAAGAGGGACCACUCCGCGGAAAUUAAAUACGACGUGCCCCCUAUCAACCGUAGAAUAACUCAGGAGGAACUCUUGAAAAGAAAAGUUGAGGACGACAUGUUAGAUGAUCGUCAAAAAAGAAGGGAUCGAAUCCAGCGCCGGAUAUCAGCAGCUGAGGAGAAUCUUCAAUCUCGUGCUGAGGGUGUAGCUUCAGACUCGGAUGCUUCGGAAGACGAACCCGUGUGGGUUCCAGCGGAGCGCAAAAUCAAGCCAGACCUGCGCACUAGAGAGAUUGAGAGGUUGGUUCAAGACGACCUUGAGGCUGAGCGUGAAGAAGAAGAUUACUGGGAGGACUAUGAACUUGAUAUUCAUCCAGACUUCGUCAAUAACCCUGAUAAUGAUUCUGAUGAAGAACUCGAAGAGGAUUUUGCAAAGGACGAUGAUGAUGAAUCCGAUAAUUCCGAUGACUCUGACGAAUCUGACAAUUAA